UGCCCCUCUCUGGACAUGAGAUACAGGCCGCAGAGACACAGGCGGCUGCCAGCGCGGUGUGCGGGGCCCGCAGCGCUGGAUGGCAGCACUGAGGCGGCUCGGCUGCGCUCCGAGGGCCGGCUCUGCCGCCGCGCCUGCGCCCGCGGCUCCGCGCCAUGGCCGUGCACUACUGCGGGCUGUGCCGCCGCACGGCCUUCACGGGCCGCCGGCACCGCUACAGCGCGGGGCACCGCCGUCGCCUGCGGGACGCGCUGGUCCGGCUGCAGGAGGCGGCGGCGGCGGCGCGGGCGGCGGCGGCCGAUGUGGGCUCUGCCGUGCGGCCCUACGACCCGGCGGAGCACGAUGGGCGCGUCUGGUGCCCGUGCUGCGGGCGCGGCGUGCGGCGGGACGGGCGGCGCGGGGGGCUGGCGCUGCCGCAGGCCGGGCUGCUGCGGCAUCUGGCCGGGCCCGAGCACCGGCGGGAGACGGCGCGGUUCUGGCGGGAGAACCGGGCGGAGGCGGCGCUGCGGGAGCGGUGCCUGGUGCCGACCGAGGAGUACGAGCAGUUCGCGCGGGCGCUGGAGCGGGCGCUGGCCGAGCACCAGCAGCGGGAGGAGGAGCGGAUCCGCCAGAUGGCGGCCGACAUCCGGGAGGCCGAGCGCCGGCAGCGGGAGACGGUGCAGGCGGCGCUCCAGAGACACCUCUCACGAUGCAGAGCAGCCCGGCCUGAGCGGGACGCAGACAGGACCUGACUUAUCCUGGAUGGAAGCAGGACAGGCUCUGACCUUCAUUGGCCACCAGGAAACAGAAGGAAAAGGAAAUGUCCACACAGGAGCAAAACCUCCAUGGCUAACAGAAGAAGAGGAUGGAACCAAACAAGAGAUUGGACCUUCCUAUGAGGAAUUUCUCAGACAAAAGGAGAAGCAGAAGCUGAAAAAGCUCCCAGCGGAACGUGUUGGUGCCAACUUUGACCAUACCUCUCAGACAAGCGACAGCUGGCUUCCUUCCUUCGGGCGGGUUUGGAAUCACGGCAGGAGGUGGCAAUCCAGGCACCAGUUUAGAACUGAAUCAGGGGGAAAGAAGAAAAGGUGAUCAGAUGAAAAACACCAAAGAUGCAGCUCUGUUGUGGAAAGCUGGACUGUAGGUAGUUGUGCUUGGUCCCCUGAAGGCAAGGUGACCUCAGUACUGUUACAUGUCCUGCCAGUAAGGACAGGCUACUGCAGAUGCUGUAUCUUCAUUAUCAGAAAGCCUGUUUUAUACAACAAGUGCUGCCAGUGGCCUAAGCUGACAUGGAGCAUGACAUCCCAUUAACGAAUUUUUUGAGAAAUAAAGUUUUUUUUUAAAA